GAGCCAUUUACAUCCCAGAUUGGUUUGGAUCGUAUGGCCGCACCAAGGGGAGCGCCGGUCACGGUUAUUCCUGGCUAAUGUAAAGUAGACGUCGUGGUCAGUAUAGGCUAAGGUGUCGUGUCAUGGGGUGAAGCAGAUUUUGUUGGCACGUGGUUAAUGACAAUGUGACAGUCAAAACAACAGUAUGUGGGAGCCGGAUCAGCAGCAGUGCCGGGACCUGCGUGAGCGUCUGAACAGCCGCCGCCAGCAGGACACCUGUCGGCAGGAGUGUGGCCGCGCCCGUCAGUCACGCUCCAGGUCAGCGCAUGCUGACAAGGAGGAUGGCGUGGAGACAGCGGUCAGGUCAGGGCAUCACAGCAGCCGGCGGCAGCGUUCCCGAGACCACUCAGCCUCGUCAUGGCCCCGGUGGUGGCCCGAGGACGGGGCUUCGGAGAGGUCCCGGCGUCUUGAUAGCUCGUCAUCCACUGGCGCGCCGUUCGUGCGAGAGACGGACCCGGUCAUCCUGGCGCGACGACAGAAGCAAGUCGACUAUGGCAUGAACACUUUGUGCUACCAGGAGUACAUCCAGACGGUGCCCAGGCACCAGCGCCGACCGUACCAUCCGAGAACGCCGGACAAAACGCGUCAGACCAGCCGGCGCCGCUGGGACUCGGCCAUCAAAAACUGGCGCAUUCAGCUCCACUACUGGAAUGACCCAGUGAAGCUAGCAAAGCUCCGCAGCCGCCGGAACUCCGACUCGGAACUCUCCGAUUGGGAGCCACCGGGGCCAGCCAGCUCUGGCGCCGUGCCGAAGCCAGAGCCGGCCGACGCGGGCGCGGAAUCUGCGCUGGUGCUGCCGCCGGGCACUGUCAAGCGGGAGCCGCUGUCGACCGGGGCGGCCGCGGCCAAAGCGGAGCGUCCGCAGCUGGAGGCGAUACAGCCGGCGCUGCUGCCGGCGGCCCGACGCCCCGCCAAGCAGGAGCCGCUAUCGACCGGGGCGGCCGCGGUCAAAGCGGAGCGUCCGCCACUGGAGGCGAUACAGCCGGCGCUGCUGCCGGCGGCCCGACGCCUCGCCAAGCAGGAGCCGCCCUCAGCCGGCGGCCCUCCGGUAAAGACGGACAAGUGGCGGCCGCCGGCUGCUGGACAAGAUCUGCCGGCAGAGGCUGAGCACCCGGUCAAGGAGGAGCCCGUCUCGCAAGAGGACGAGGACGGGGUCGACCGACUGCUCACCUGGGCGGACGACGUGGAGGGGCUGGCGCAGGAGCUGACGGACGACCUCUGCUGAGAUGGUGAAUGGUUUUGACGACCCCCUCCUGUUUGUCGCCACAGGGAUUAUCUUUUGAACACCUGUCAGGCCUUACGUGAACGGUGAACUGGCAUGAACGAUGGCGUGUUCUUUUACCGCGGUGAUUCUGCAUAGGGAAUAAAACGGUGUUACGUAUGA